CCUUCAACCCAGAAAUGCCCAACUGAUAGGCCAGUACACCAGGACCAGCCAGCCAAAGAUUUUUUCCACAAGAGUCUUAACAAUGGAACUGUUGAUAAAUUGCUUGGUUUCAUGGAAGAUUUUAACAUCAAGUUGUGGACAGCCUCUUGCAGAGCUUUCAACCUGUCCCAAGUCACCUGGAAGAGCCGGUUACUGCAACUACUCCACCCAAAGGAUCACACAUGUUCAUUGGGAACAACAGCUUUACACCAGCAGAUCUCGAGUGUCUAGAGGGUGAUGCCUGGCUACAAGAUAAGAUCGUCAACAGUUUCCUGGCUAAGCUCCAGAGAUCGGCCAACUGGGACAGGAAAAAGAGAGUUCUAGUUUUGUCAUCCUUCUUGGCAGACAAAUGGGAGAAGGGGAGUAAAGGCAUACGUCAAUGGAUCUAUAAAUUGGUGAGGUUCGCAAUUAUAAUUUUGCUGCCAGUAUGUACUGCUGCACACUGGUUCCUGAUGGCAAUGGAGCCCAGAAAAUGUACAGUCGCUUGUCUAGACUCGUUAAAAUCACCAGAACGAGCCAUGCGAUUUUACAACUACUGGAUUGAAUACAUAGCAGAGCGUGAGAAACAUGUUCCUGAGGGUCUUGUUGAGUGGAACAGUGUGCAAUAUCUCUGCAGCCAGCAGUUGGAUGGGAACAGUUGCGGUAUAUUCACAUACAUGGUCAGUUAUUUCAACAUCACCUGA